AUGGGUGUGGGGGGAUAUGAAGGACGCGAGGGCCACUGCACCGCUGACGGUCUGGCGCUUCUUCGGUGCAACCGCUUCAGCUGGCUUAUCACAACGAAAACCACUUCUCAUCUGUUAUCUCGUCAAGGCUUCGGGCACCUCUGAAAGGUGGGCAGGUCUAUGCUAUCACUCCAUUUUAAAGAUGGGGAAACCGAGGCCCUGGAGAGGAAGCCCCUUGUCCGGAAUCGAACCAGACGGGAAUAGAGAACCCAGACAUCUGGUUUUCCCAGAAUUCCUUCCACGUUUCCCCACCCCGCAAGGCAGCGAGAAGGGAGAAGCUAGAAGCGGGGAAAGACAAGAAAGGGGUCAAGUUAGUUCAGCUGGGCCCAGCCUCUCCUCUGUCUCUUCUCGGUCCCAGCUCUGGGCGAGCAGCGGCCUGUCUGAAGAGCAUGCAGCCCCCUUACUCCCCACCUGGCCUCGCCAUCCCUGCCCCCCCAGCCUGACCCCCGGCCCCAGCAUGGCCCAGGGUGCCAUGCGCUUCUGCUCGGAAGGCGACUGUGCCAUCUCCCCACCACGAUGCCCACGCCGCUGGCUCCCCGAAGGCCCGGUGCCCCAGAGCCCCCCAGCCAGCAUGUAUGGCAGCACAGGCUCCUUGCUACGGCGAGUGGCAGGUCCAGGUCCUCGAGGCCGGGAACUGGGACGUGUGACAGCACCCUGUACACCUCUGCGUGGUCCCCCCUCACCCCGAGUUGCUCCCUCACCCUGGGCACCCUCUUCACCCACUGGGCAGCCCCCACCUGGGGCCCAGAGCUCCGUGGUCAUCUUCCGCUUUGUGGAGAAGGCCAGUGUGAGGCCACUGAAUGGCCUACCUGCUCCAGGGGGCUUGAGUCGGAGCUGGGAUCUGGGUGGGGUUUCUCCUCCCAGGCCCACCCCAGCCCUUGGGCCUGGCUCCAACCGGAAGUUACGGCUGGAAGCAUCCACAUCAGACCCACUCCCCGCCAGAGGAGGCUCGGCCCUACCUGGCAGCCGGAACCUUGUACAUGGGCCGCCAGCCCCACCCCAGGUUGGAGCAGAUGGCCUUUACUCCUCUCUCCCUAAUGGGCUGGGGGGCCCCCCUGAGCACCUGGCCACACUCUUUGGAGGACCUGCUGACACUGGAUUCCUGAACCAGGGGGAUACCUGGUCCUCCCCCCGGGAAGUCUCCUCUCAUGCCCAGAGAAUCGCUCGAGCCAAAUGGGAAUUCUUCUAUGGCUCCUUGGACCCCCCCAGCUCAGGUGCUAAGCCCCCAGAGCAGGCCCCCCCAUCUCCACCUGGGGUGGGCUCAAGGCAGGGCUCUGGGGUGGCUGUGGGGCGAGCGGCCAAGUACUCCGAGACAGACCUGGACACGGUGCCCCUGAGGUGCUACCGCGAGACUGACAUCGAUGAGGUGCUGGCUGAGCGGGAGGAGGUCGACUCGGCCAUCGAAAGUCAGCCCAGCUCUGAGGGCCCACCAGGCACUGCCCACCCACCUGCCCCACGGCCCGGCCCACGCCCUGGCCCUCAUCCCAGCCUCGGCAGUGGCAAUGAGGAUGAGGAUGAGGAUGAGGCAGGUGGCGAAGAAGAUGUGGACGACGAGGUGUUUGAGGCCUCUGAAGGGGCCCGGCCAGGGAGCCGGAUGCCUCUCAAGUCACCUGUGCCCUUUCUACCUGGGACCAGCCCCUCGGCUGACGGGCCUGAUUCUUUCAGUUGUGUGUUCGAAGCCAUCCUGGAGUCACACCGGGCCAAAGGCACCUCCUAUACCAGCCUCGCCUCGCUGGAGGCCUUGGCCUCACCUGGCCCAACCCAGAGCCCCUUCUUCACCUUUGAGCUGCCUCCCCAACCCCCUGCCCCCCGGCCCGACCCACCAGCUCCCGCCCCACUUGCCCCUCUUGAACCGGAUUCUGGUACCAGCUCUGCUGCUGAUGGCCCUUGGACACAGAGAGGGGAGGAGGAGGAGGCAGAGGCCAGAGCCAAGCUGGCCCCAGGGAGGGAGCCCCCUAGUCCCUGCCACUCAGAGGACAGCCUUGGGCUGGGGGCAGCACCCCUUGGCAGCGAACCACCCCUGAGCCAGCUGGUGUCCGACUCAGACUCAGAGCUGGACAGCACAGAGCGGCUGGCCCUGGGAAGCACAGACACCUUGUCCAAUGGGCAGAAAGCAGACCUGGAGGCUGCGCAGCGCUUGGCCAAGAGGCUGUACCGACUAGACGGCUUCAGGAAGGCCGAUGUGGCCCGGCACCUGGGCAAGAACAAUGACUUCAGCAAACUGGUGGCUGGGGAGUACCUCAAGUUCUUUGUCUUCACGGGCAUGACUCUGGACCAAGCUCUCAGGGUGUUUCUGAAGGAGCUGGCCUUAAUGGGUGAGACCCAGGAACGAGAGCGAGUGCUGGCCCACUUCUCCCAGCGAUACUUCCAGUGCAAUCCUGAAGCCCUGUCCUCAGAGGACGGCGCCCACACGCUGACCUGUGCGCUCAUGCUGCUCAACACGGAUCUCCACGGCCACAACAUCGGGAAGCGCAUGACCUGCGGGGACUUCAUCGGGAACCUGGAGGGCCUCAAUGAUGGCGGCGACUUCCCUAGGGAGCUGCUCAAGGCCUUGUACAGCUCCAUCAAGAAUGAGAAGCUGCAGUGGGCCAUAGACGAGGAGGAGCUGAGACGCUCUCUGUCUGAGUUGGCCGACCCCAACCCCAAGGUCAUCAAGCGGAUCAGCGGGGGCAGUGGCAGUGGCUCCAGCCCUUUCCUGGACCUGACUCCCGAGCCCGGGGCUGCUGUCUACAAGCACGGGGCCCUGGUGCGAAAGGUGCACGCAGACCCUGACUGCAGGAAGACACCUCGGGGCAAGCGGGGCUGGAAGAGCUUCCACGGGAUCCUCAAGGGCAUGAUCCUCUACCUACAGAAGGAGGAGUACAAGCCUGGGAAGGCCCUUUCAGAGACGGAGCUCAAGAAUGCCAUCAGCAUCCACCAUGCCCUGGCCACUCGUGCCAGUGACUACAGCAAGAGGCCCCACGUCUUCUACCUGCGCACAGCUGACUGGCGGGUCUUCCUCUUCCAGGCCCCGAGCCUGGAGCAGAUGCAGUCCUGGAUCACUCGCAUCAAUGUAGUAGCCGCUAUGUUCUCUGCGCCCCCCUUCCCAGCUGCUGUUAGCUCUCAAAAGAAGUUCAGCCGCCCUCUCCUGCCCAGCGCUGCCACCCGCCUCUCCCAGGAGGAGCAGGUGCGGACCCACGAGGCCAAGCUGAAGGCCAUGGCAAGUGAGCUGCGGGAGCACCGGGCCGCCCAGCUGGGCAAGAAGGGCCGGGGCAAGGAGGCUGAAGAGCAGCGGCAGAAGGAGGCCUACCUGGAGUUUGAGAAAUCCCGCUACAGCACCUAUGCAGCGCUGCUUCGGGUCAAGCUGAAGGCAGGCAGUGAGGAGCUGGAUGCAGUGGAGGCAGCACUGGCCCAGGCUGGGAGCACGGAGGAUGGACUCCCUCCUUCUCACUCCAGUCCCUCCCUGCAGCCCAAACCCUCCAGCCAGCCCCGGGCUCAGCGUCACAGCUCAGAGCCUCGGCCAGGGGCAGGCAGUGGGCGGCGGAAGCCCUGAGAUGAGGUUUGGGGUGGGGGGUGCCUGCUGGGCACCUGAAGGAUGACAUGGCCCUGCCUGAGCCCGGGCCGGCCUCGGGCCACCCACGAGGGCCUCCCGGCCUAGAGCCCGACCGCGCCGGACGCGGUGUCCGGGGCAGGGCAGGGCUGGGGCCUGGGCCUCAGGAGCCUAGGCUAGGGGCGCCUCCGAGAGCCCCUUUUUGUGAUAAUGUUUUGCACUUUUUCGUACAGGGUGGGUGGGGGCGGGAGGGGCUAGCGCCCCUGAACUUUUGAUGCUUUUUUUUCGUGUGGGAGAGGCCUGAUGCCGUUUCUGCUUUCUGCUGAGACCACCCCCACCCUGACACCAUCAGUCCCCCUCUGUCCUGGGGCCUGGCUUGGACAGAGACCAGGAUUUGGGGCUGAGCUGGUUUCCCCUCCUUCCUCCCCAAGGGCUCACUCUUUCUCUUGCUGGAGGUGGAGGAAGGGUGUCCAUGCCAAGGCCCCAUACCUGGGCCAGGGGCAGCACAGCCUGGCUUUCCCCCGCUUCAGUGGGCCUUGCCCUUUGUACAGCCUCCACCCCCAUUAAAACUGCUCUGGACUUGC